GAUCGCGUUAUGUUUACAAAGAUGUCGCCCGUGCUAGCUAGCGAGCUGCCAGCCUCGGGGUGACUGAAGAACCCCACGAACAGAGACGAAACCGAGCACAAGUGUGAUUCUUCCGCACGCGAGCUUCCUGCCAACUUCUCCAGGAUGCAACUGAAGCACCUCAAGACGCUUCUGAGUCCGCAGGAGGGUUCGGCCAAAGUGACGUGCAUGGCCUGGGCUCCGAACAACACCAAAUUCGCAGUUUGCACUGUGGACAGAGUGGUUUUGCUCUAUGAUGAGCAGGGAGAGAGAAGAGACAAGUUCUCCACCAAACCUGUGGACGCCAAGUAUGGGAAGCAGAGCUACGUCGUCACUGCCAUGGCCUUCUCCCCAGACUCCACCAAAAUUGCCGUCGGCCAGUCGGACAACAUCAUCUUCGUCUACAGAAUUGGAGAAGAAUGGGGCGACAAGAAGGCCAUCUGCAACAAGUUUGUCCAGACGAGCUCGGUGACGUGUCUGCUGUGGCCGGCGGAGCAUGCUGUCGUGUUUGGAUUAGUGGAAGGAAAGGUCCGACUGGCCAACACUCAGACCAACAAGUCGUCCACCAUCUAUGGCACCGAGUCCAGCGUCGUCUCCCUGGCAACCAAUGUCUCAGGGAAAGGAAUCCUGUCUGGUCACGACAACGGCACCGUGGUCCGCUACUUCUUUGACGAUGAGGGUUCGGGAGAGUCUCAGGGGAAGCUGCUCCUGCACCCGUGCCCGCCCUUCGCCCUGGCCUGGGCCGCCAACAGCAUCAUGGUGGGAGGCUGCGACAAGAAGAUUGUGGCCUACAGCCGAGAAGGUCGCAUCCUGCAGACCUUCGACCACAGCAGGGACCGGACAGAGAAGGAGUUCACUGUGGCGGCGACCAGCCCCAGCGGCCAGUCGGUGGUGUUCGGCAGCUACGACAGGUUGCGGGUCUAUAACUGGGCUCCGAGGAGAGGAGUGUGGGACGUAGCCAAGCCGAAAGAAAUCGCCAACCUGUACACCAUCACCAGUCUGGCCUGGAAGAAGGACGGCUCGCGACUCUGCGCUGGGACCCUAUGUGGGGGGGUGGAGCUCUUCGACUGCUGCCUGCGUCGGACCAUCUACAAGAACAAGUUUGAGAUGACCUACGUGGGACUGAGCCAGGUGAUUGUGAAGAACCUCUCCACGGGGACGCGGGUCGUCCUCAAGUCCUUCUACGACUAUGAGAUCGAGGAGGUCAAGAUCAUGGGCCGGGACCGUUUCCUGGUGGCCCACACCUCCAGCACCCUGCUGCUGGGAGACCUGCAGACCAACAAGCUCAGUGAGGUGCCAUGGCCCGGUUCUGGAGGAAACGAGAAGUUCUUUUGUGAAAAUGAGUCUGUGUGCAUGAUCUUCAAUGCUGGAGAGCUGAGUCUGGUGGAGUAUAGCAAGAACGAGAUCCUGGGAUCAGUCAGGACAGAGUUUAUGAACCCUCAUCUCAUCAGUGUGCGUCUGAACGAGAGGAAGCAGAAAGGUGUGGGCGACAACAAGAAGUUGGCGUAUCUGAUCGACUUAAAAACUGUGGCAAUAGUGGACUUGGUCGCCGGCUUGAACCUGGGAACCAUCGGCCAUGACUCCAAGAUCGACUGGCUGGAGCUGAACGAGACCGGACGCAAGCUGCUGUUCAGAGACAAGAAGCUGCGGCUGCACCUCUACGACAUCCAGAGCACCAUGAAGAGCACGGUGCUGGGCUACUGCUCGUACGUCCAGUGGGUCCCCGGCAGCGACGUGGUGGUGGCCCAGAACAGAGGAAACCUGUGUGUGUGGUACAACAUCGACAGCCCCGAGAGCGUCACCAUGGUUCCGAUCAAGGGUGACGUCAUCGAUCUGGAGAGAACAGACGGGAAGACCAACGUGAUCAUGACGGAGGGGGUCAACACGGUGACGCACACUCUGAACGAGGGACUCAUCGAGUUCGGAACGGCCGUGGAUGACGGCGACUACGAGCGUGCCACAGUUUUCCUUGAAACUCAGGAGUUGUCGCCAGAAACUGAAGCCAUGUGGAAAACACUCAACAAGCUGGCACUUGAGGAACGGCAGUUGCACAUCGCAGAAAGGUGCUCAGCUGCGUUGUGGGACGUCUCCACGCUACGGUUCCUCCACCAAACCAACCAGAUUGCUGAUAAAGUUUCCAUGGAAACGGGAGGAGACGGGACGGCGUUCUAUCAGGUCCAGGCUCAGAUGGCCAUGCUGGACAAGAACUUCAAGCUGGCUGAGCUGCACUUCCUGGAGCAGAACGCCGUGGACGAAGCCGUUGCCAUGUACCAGGAGCUGCACAUGUGGGACGACAGUAUCGCUGUGGCUGAAUCUAAGGCUCACCCGGACCUGGACCACAUGCGCUCCAACUACCAGCGAUGGCUAACGGAGACGGGGCAGCACGAGAAGGCCGGCGAGGUGAAGGAGAGAGAGGGAGACGUCCAGGGCGCCAUUAACUUGUACCUGAACGCCGGACUUCCCGCCAAAGCGGCGCGGCUCGCCAUCAGCCGGCCGGAAGUGGCCAGCUGCGGCGACACGGUCGGCCGCAUCGUCGCCAGCCUCAUCAAGGGGGAGUUCUACGAGCGUGCCGGAGAUCUGUGCGAGAGCAUCCAUAACAACCAGAGAGCUCUGGAGUGUUACCGCAGAGGAGGUGCCUUCAGGAAAGCGGUGGAUCUGGCUCGCCAGGCCUUCCCCGCCGAGGUGGUGAAGCUGGAGGAGGCGUGGGGUGACUACCUGGUCCAGCAGAGACAGAUGGACGCCGCCAUCAACCACUUCAUUGAAGCCGGCUGCUCCACCAAGGCCAUCGAGGCGGCCAUCGCGGCUCGCCAGUGGAAGAAGGCCGUCCACAUCCUGCAGCUCCAGGAGGACCCGUCAGCGCGAGGUUUCUACGUGAAGAUCGCCCAGCAUUACGCCUCCCUGCAGGACUACGAGGUGGCAGAGCAGCUCUUUGUCAAAGGAGAUCACAUCAAGGAAGCCAUUGACAUGUACACGGCGGCAGGUCACUGGGAGAGAGCUCACAAGCUGGCAGUGCGCUGCAUGAGCGAGGAGGAGGUGGCCUCGCUGUACGUCAGCCGAGCUCAGGAGCUGGAGAAGGACGGGAAGCUGAAGGAGGCCGAGAGGCUGUACGCCACCAUCAGUCAGCCGGACCUGGCCAUCACCAUGUUCAAGAAGAACAGGAUGUUCGACGACGUCAUCCGCCUGGUGGCCAAACAUCACCCGGACCUGUUGGUGGAGACUCACCUGCACCUGGCCAAGGAGCUGGUGGCAGAGUCCCGGUUCUCUGAGGCCGAGUACCAUUUCAUGGAGGCGGAGGACUGGAAGGCAGCGGUCCACAUGUACCGGGCCAGUGACAUGUGGGAGGAGGCGUACAGGGUGGCCAAGAGUCACGGUGGACCGGCGGCACAGAAGCAGGUGGCGUACCUGUGGGCCCAGAGCCUCGGCGGGGAGGCUGCCGUCAACCUGCUCAACAAGUUUGGCCUUUUGGAAUUCGCCAUCGAAUCCGCUUCAAAUAACUUCUCCUUUGACUUUGCUUUCGAACUGGCUCGCCUCUCCAACAAGGAGAAGAUUCCAGAGAUCCACCUGAAGCACGCCAUCUACCUGGAGGAGGAGGGCAAGUUUGCAGAGGCUGAAGUGGAGUUUGUGAAAGCUGGGAAACCCAAGGAAGCCGUUCUCAUGUACCUCCACAACAAAGACUGGGCAGACGCUCAGCGAGUGGCCGAGAGCCACGACCCAGAGAGCGUCUCGGAGGUUCUGGUGACCCAGGCCAAGUUCUGCUUCGAACAGAAGGAGCACCAGAAGGCGGAGUCCUUCCUGCUCCGAGCACAGAGGCCAGACCUGGCUGUCAAACACUACAAGGACGCUGACAUGUGGAGUGACGCCAUGCGGAUCUGCAAGGAGUACCUGCCCAGCAAGCUGUCCUCGCUGCAGGAGGAGUACGACCAGGAGACCAGCAGGAAAGGCCUGCGGGGCGUGAGCGGCCUGCUGGAUCAGGCCCGGGAGUGGGAGCAGUCGGGCGAGCACUCCCGGGCCGUCGAGUGUUACCUGAAGGUGAAGGACGACGCCAACGCCGGCCUGCUGGAGAAGUGCUGGCUGAAGGCAGCAGAGCUGUCGAUCAAGUUCCUGGGCAGAGAGCGAGCCGUGGAGGUGGUCCAGGUGGUGGGACCUCGACUGAACCAGCUGAAGAAGCACAGCACUGCGGCUGAGCUCUACUUGGACCUGGACCUGAUCAAGGAUGCCAUCAACUCCUUCAUGGAGGGAGAGGAGUGGAACAAAGCCAAGAGAGUGGCCAAGGAGCUGGCGCCCAGGUACGAGGACUACGUGGACCAGAAGUACAAGGAGCACCUGAAGAACCAGGGCAAAGUGGACUCGCUGGUGGGUGUGGACGUCAUGGCAGCUCUGGACAUGUACGCCGAGCGAGGACAGUGGGACAAGUGUUUGGAGACGGCAUCCAAGCAGAACUUCAAGAUCCUGCACAAAUACGUGGCCCUGUACGCCACACACCUGAUCAAAGAGGGCCAGGCUGUGAAGGCCCUGCAGCUCUACGUCCAGCAUGGGGCCACGCCCAACCCUCAGAACUUCAACAUCUACAAGCGUCUGUUCCUGGACCUGCUCAACCUUCCCGACACCGACGGAGCCGAGUCCUACAGCCUGUGGGCCGACCUCCGCAGCUUUCUGAAGCAGCUGUGCGACAACGUGUCCAGGUCAUCCGAGGUCAACUCCCCGGCCCACGAGGACUUCGAAGAGAUGCUGCUGAUCGCUCACUACUACGCCACCAGAGCUGCUGCACGAGGCGUCGAGCAGCUGAUGGUGGUGGCAGCCAAACUCUCUGUGUCUCUGCUGCGCCACAGCGAGAUCAUCCCAGCAGACAAAGCCUUCUUCGAGGCGGGCGUGGCCUGCAGGGCGGCUGGCUGGGAGAACAUGGCCUUUAUCUUCCUCAACCACUUCCUGGAUCUGUGUGAUGCCAUCGACGAGGGAGCGCUCAACACCGACCACUCUGACUUCAUAGACACAGACAUUCCCUUCGAGGUCCCUGUUCCCACCAAACUCUGUGUCUCUGACGCCCAGAGGGAGCAGAUCCGUGACUGGGUCCUGACCAUGUCCAUGGACCAGAGGUUGGAGCAGGUCCUUCCCCGGGACGAGAGAAACACCUAUGAAGCUUCACUGGUGGCUGCCAGCACUGGACUGCGCUCUCUGCCGUGCGUGCUGACUGGUUAUCCGGUUCUGAGGAACAAGCUUGAGUUCUCGGCUGUAGGCAAAGCAGCGAACAAGGAGGACUGGAACAGGUUCCUCAUGGCCACCAAGACGUCCCACAGCCCUGAGUGUCAGGACGUCCUGGACUUCAUCAGCCAGUGGUGCGGUGGGCUGCCGUCCUCCGGCUUCUCCUUCCACUGACCCGACCUCCGGGUCUGGCUUCAGAUGAGGGCUUGUCGCCAUGGAAACCCUCGCCCUGCUGCGCCAGCUGAAGUGGGACUCGAACCCACGACUGAACUUCCUGAGUCCCUUGAGGCCUUGAUGUGUUUAUACGAGUGUAUUUUAAUAAAAGGUCCAAGACACAGACAGAAGCAGAGAGAGACCAAACCAGAGUGGCCAGAAGUGAAGAAUAGAAACACGUGUUCCAGAGCUGGUGAGACCCAGAGGAGCCGCUCAUGUGCCUCACGAUCGUGACAGACAGACGCGUCCAGAGCGAGGCCCAGGUCACGUGUCCCUCCCAGAGGUGGGCUACGUGACACGAGGUCACAGGGGUCGCGGAGGUGAGCACAGACCACACAGGUGACGUCAGCUUCUGCUUUAUUGCUUCAGUUCAGAAAGGUCUGGCACCAGAUCCAGCCCAGCUCCCCAGGGUCAGUGUGCCGGUCUCCGGCCCGGUUCUGCAGCGUGAGGCUCGGUUCCGCUGCAACUCUGGCUCGCCCUCUUGGCAUUCACCGCGUGCCUUAAUUGUCUGGACAUUUAAAUCAAGGUCCGCUGUGAACACGAGGAGUGACGACCCACUUUCCCGCUGACCCGGACCCGCUGGGUCGGCCCCCUCCUGCAGCAGACAAAUGGGCUUUACUUCCAUCAGCUCGACAGACAGGUCUUACCAGCGACGCUCCUGCUCCGACUCCGGGCCACGGCACCCUAGUAAGCGACCCACCUGACGGUGGAGCCCUGGACCUGCAGCUGGGCUCCUCAUAUCCCCCUGAUUCACCUGCUGCCCCCAAUGAUUCAACAUUUGACUGGUGGAGACCUUCGACUGGUUCCUGGGUGUGGAGUCUUUACUGAGACCAUCCUCAGGCCAUAGAACUUGGACCACCUUGAAUCCCGAGCAGCGCCGCCAUACCAUGGACCACUGGCCCAGCUUGGUCUCAACACGCCUCCCCCCCGGCCCCUGCCUCACCCUCAUCAGAGACUGCCCCUCGACUCCGGACCUGGUUCCUCGCAGCGAAUGCUACAUCCUGAGGAGUGGGAUCACUGGAGGAGACGGAGACACCAGCUCUUCAUUACAGCCUCAUCUGGACAUGCCUCCUACGAAUCCUUCUGCAAUGACCCGGCGACCUGUGAGUUUCACACCUAACUACGUCGGUCUCGUGUCUGUUGCUGGGUCAGAACCUCGAGCUUGUCGAGUGGUGAACCUUAAUCAUUGUUUCGUCAGCUCCAACCUGCAGGACUGAAGCUCCAGUUCCGUUUCAUAGUCAGAACUAUCACAGCUCUGAGCUGUGCUGCUGACGGUCGACGCACGGAGCUUCACGAUGAUGUUGGUCUCAGAUUCUGCCUGACCCUCACCUGAAGUUUGCUGCAGAUCCAGCUGAGGUGGGAGGAACACCAAGGAAGAAUCAUGGCAGCGAGCUCCUGUUUGGUCCCACGCCUGCACAGGCUUCCACACAGACCCAGUAAACGGUCCACUGGUGGAGGCUCCUCCGGGCAGGGUCGAGGGGGCACUCGCCUGUUGAAGUCACCUGACUGUGGUGGUGGACUGAAGGAGCGGAGGCUGAUGUUGGAGUCGGCCUGAAGCUGCGGCUCUGCUCAACCUGAUCCUCCAUUAUCCAGAUGCUGGGAGCAGCACUGCACCCCUGCUGCAGGGAGGAAGACGCCGCUCCAUCGUCAUCAUCAUCACCGCACUCUGAGCUCCUCUCAUUCGCGGCUCAACGGCUCCUCGGCAGCAUCCGCAACCUCAUUACUGAUCUGAUGCUAAUGACCCAGUUAGCUGGGAGGAGGGCGGGGGGGGGGGGUCUUUGUCGGGCGUGAGGGCUGCUUCACUGCAGCCGCCCACGCAGCUUCCACGCGAGGAAAAUGGAAUUGAAAAUAGACAUCCAAGUGGCAAGAGAGGCGACAGGCAUGACCAACACGGGAGGGAGCAGCGCGCCACUUUACCUGCCGCCGGCGCAUCAACCGUCCAGGCCGAGGAUGAGCGGCCGCCGAGCGGGACCACGUCCCCCGCAGCCCCGCCGAUCCGGAGGCUGCUGCCGGGAGGCGACGCCGCAGAGCCGGACAGCAGCGUCGGGGAAGGUGCCGGGCACGAGGGUACCUCCAGAACCGGCGGGGUUCGGAGCGCGACCGGCAGCCGGUUCGGCGAUGGUUCGGCGUUCCUGCGCGUCGGGAUGGAGAAGUUUGGGCGCAGUCGGAUGGAGACG